AUGAAGAGAACCAAGUACACAAUUAAGUUAUUUUUAACCUUUAUCGCAACCUGUCUGUUCGGAGCAAUUUUUAGCCUGUCGAAUAUGACAGGAUCCAGAUAUAACGCAAGGCAGUCUAUUCUAGCAAUAUCAUCCCUGAAUGGGUCUUCACAACUAUUGGAUAACAAGACGAAACCACUGUCAAAAUUUUAUAAGGACCUAAUUCAAUCAGUAGCCGAAUGGAAAAUCCCGAGAGGAUACAAGUUGACGGAGGCAUAUUUUAAGACGAGUUCCGGUAACGUCGAUGUUCUACCAAUACGUAAACAAGACUUCGUUGAAGUCUCAUUGAAGGGCAAUCUUAAAUUCAUACUGAGCAUGGUAAGCGAAAAGAAGAAGAUAGAUUGCGACUCGACAACGAACAUGAAUUUGAAUUCGGUGAACAUAUGGGAGGUUAAAAACAAAAUAUACGUACGCAUCAAAGAUAGAAAGUAUUUUUACAUGGCCCUGGCGAUAUCAGGAAUACUGGUAGCGACACUCUUGACAAUAAAGAGGGGGAAGACGACGAUUUUUAUAUGCUUGACAUUGGGAGUAUUCCUGGCGCUGACGAUUGGAAAGCAGUUCCUAAAGCCAGAACACUACUAUGUGCUGAGGUACAUAGAUAUUUCGAGCUCAGUGAGCAUUAUGCUGAUACUGGUGUCCUUUUACUUUAUCCAGUCGUCAGUGUUGUCGCAGUACCACGAGAUGCACAAUAUGUUCGCGUAUCAGUUUAGGACGUACGUGGUAACAAUGAUAUCAGUGCUGCUGUCGGUAUUCAACCACAACAUCGUAGUGAACAUGAUCAACUGGUUUGUGUGGGUGCCAAUACUGCAGUGCUACGUAUUCCAGAACUACGAAGAGAUACUGGACAGAGAACAGAAGAAGAAGGGCGUGAUCAAUGUGUUGCAGAUGGUGGACGAGUUUGAGCCUUUAAAGCUGGACGACGCAGAGUCGAUGCAAGAGUACUCAGAUUUCCAUGCAAGAAGGAAGAAGAACCUGAGGCCAUAUUUUAUGUUCAUACACUUGAUGGUGUUUGUAGUGAGUCUGUUGGUGUGCUUUAAGAACGAAAAGUACUUCAACGCUACUAGAGAAGUGGACGAGGCGCUCUCUAGACCUUUUGAAGUGGAUAAUAUGAGUGUGCUGGACAUAGAGGAGUUCGUAAGGAACAAGGAUGAUUCGUCAGUCAAAUUUAAGAUCGUAAAGACGGAAAGGAAGGAGGUGAUAGAAGAUAUAAGCCUGAUCACGUCGAAGACGAUGCUGAAAGCAUGGGUAAACUCGUUCACAAAAAAGGUUAACUUCAAAACGUCGCUGAUUCUGUAUAAGGACUUGGAAGAUAAGGGGGACUAUAAGCUGUUUAACGAAAAGAACAUAGAACGACUGUCGGAGCUGAACAUGAAGUUGCUGUUUAUAUUUGGAGGAGACCGGAUAAUCACGACUGCAGAGAUCGCAAUCGGAGAGAACAAGACGUCGACGACGCUUAAAAACUUAAGCGUGAUCACAUUUGGGUUGAAGCAGAACAUGAACCUGGGAGUCCUGAUACUGCUCAACUGCUUUGUGCUUAUAGCAGCCCUGGUUUUGACAGGAGGCAAGGACAAGUCGAAGCUGAGACCGAGUCUGAUAAUAGCACUGCUGGCAAUCAACGUGGUAUUCUGUGUUUUAUUCUUCUUCAUUAUACCGAAGUUACUGAAGGAAAUCAACGACGGCAUAAAGGUGUUGGAAGGAGCGACCGAAGGAGAGGACCUGAGGACGUUCGUUAAGAGCGUGACAAAGUUCGUAUGGGUGAGGAAGGGAGUCACAGUGAUACUGUUCCUGUGCAUAGUGCUGCUAAUAGUGUACAUCACAAUAAGCAUGCCGAAGGAGUACUCGAGCUUCAACAAGAACAUGACGAGUGUCAAGAGGGAAAUAACGUCGGACUGGAAGAACUUGAGAAUACUGGGAUACCAGUUCACAAUACUGAUCCUGAUAUCGUCAAUAGUAGGCCACGAGGCGUUUGGAUACAAGUACGAGGAGUUCAGAAACGGCCUGCUGAGCCUGAGGUACAACCUGAUCAUGAUGUUCAACAAGUUCCUGAUUGAGCCGAAGGCGGACCUGAAGAACCCACUGUACCUAUACCACCGCUUCGCAAUAUUCGUCUUCUACAACGUGGUGCUGACGGGGUUCCUAGCAACCUUUUACUUCCACUCGUGCACGAAGAGGGACCUCUGGUUCAGAAAACACAAAAACUUCUUCGUCUUCCCGAAGUCAGGAGACUUUAACUUCGAUGUGAACAUAAAGGCGACAUUUGAGGAGCUGUUGGCAUUCAAGGUGUUUCUGAAGGCAUUUAACGCAUACAAGGAGCACAUAAAGGCAAAUGAAACCGAAAAGGAAGAUGCUUGUAAGCAGUUUCUAGAGACAUUUACACAAAGUAAGCAGGGAAUCAACAAGUUUACCUUUAACGGAGACAUAUACGUCUACUUUGAGAGAAUUAAGAGAUAUUUAUUAUGCAUAGUGUUCCUGAGAAUAAAAAUUAACUGCUGUAACGCAAAAAUAAAGAGACUAGAAGAGGAAAGGGAAAGAAUAACAAGGCAGAACGAUAAUAAAAGAGAUUAUCUGAUAAUGUUGCAGAAAAAAUUGAAGGAAACAAUAGCAGAAGUAGAAAGGUUUAGGUCAACAAAUACAAUAUUGGACCUGAUAGACGCUAAUAAGAAUGCUAAGGAUGAUAAGAAGGUGAAAGAGGAAAAGCCAGCACUUAACACAAUGGAAAGCAAGAGGUACGAUCUAAAGGAGCUGGAAGCAUUCCUAAUAGACCCAAAUAAGAAAAAGAAAAUUGAAGUGGAAGAUGGGUUGGAGCCGGAAGAAGAGGGAGAGACAGAAAAACAUAAGGAGAACAAGUCUUCAGAAAAAGAAGGCAAACAGAUUAGUGAAUCACCGAAACUAGAAUUUAAGGAAUUGGACACAGGUUCCUAUAGAAAUAAAUCAAGGAAAGAAAAGGAGAGUAGUGCUAGUGACAGCAUUACUAAUCAGGAUGUCGGUUCAGAUAGUGGAUCCAAAAGUAGUAAAAAUAAAGAAAAUCCCAAAAAAGACCCUGAAAGUGAGGAAAAUAAGGUGAAUAGACAAGAAAGUAAAUCGGAAAAAAAGGAAAAUAACAAAGAAAAUGGCCAAAAAAAUGUAAAAAAUGAAGACGAAGAGGAAUGCAGUGCUGAAAAGCAAUCAACAGAGUCUGAAAACAAGACAAAGGGAAGAACUACACUGAAGAGACCAGAAAAAACGAAAACUACGAAGAAAGAAGUAGAAGAGGUGGGAAUAUUCAAGUCAAAUGUACUUAAAAAUUAA